AUGUCGAGGGCCGCAUGGAACUACAACUAUGAGAAAGGGCUUGUUCACAUUAUGAGAGACCAUGUGAACAUCCCUAUGUUCAGGGGUCAGAAUGGAUGGACUGUUGAGGGUUGGAGAAGUAUCUUAGAGAAAUUCAACCAGCAGUUUCCUUCAGCACACUUCACAAAGGGGCAACUACAAGAGAAGGAGAAGGAGCUAAAGGGAAGUUGGAAGGCAAUACGAGAUGCUAGAAAGGAAAGUGGUAUUGGUUGGAAUGACUUGCUGAGCAUGAUCAUUGCUGAGCCGGAGAAAUGGAAAAAACUAGUCAAUGAUAAUGCAAAAUUGGCUAGGUUCCAGAAGAAGCCAUUUCCUUUAUAUGAUGAUUGUACGUCCUUGUAUGCAGGAAGUGUUGCUACAGGAGAACUAAACUUCACAUCAACCGGGCACUUGGCUCCUGCUGCUCAACUUCCUCCUGCUGCUAAUUAUAAGAAGAAGCAGACAGGCAAAACCAUCGAAGCUCUCGAAGAAAGGAAGAAAAAAGAAGAAGCAUUUUCGGUCCCCAAGUGUCUCGAUGAAAUGGACGCAAUGGAUGGACUUACUGAUGUGGAGAAGUCAUAUGGUAUGGAUAUCUUCAAAUCUGAGAUAGACAGGGAGGUAUUCAUGAACAUGAAAAACAAAAAUGUUCGACUUAUUUGGCUCAAGCGCCAGAUUAGUGCUCUUGGUGGAGGCGAUGUUUGA